GACUGCAUUAAACACCAACCAUAAAUUGGAGAAACCUCCCACACAACGGCUACAGUUCCCCUUGCUCUCGGAUCUCCUCAAGGACACCAAUUUUGGUUCUCCGAUCUUCUCGUUCACCUUCGUUUCUCUGAAGUCGUCUCGGGAUAGCUUUGCCUUGUUGGUUGCGCGAUUGCAAAUACGGCACUACAACAGGCAGAAGCGGCAAAGAAGACAACAAAGAUACCCACCCAUUGCGGUAAAAGCGGGCAAGACAACAUGUGUUCAAGCGCUUCUGCUGUGCACGCACAUAUGAUGCCACUGGUACUGAUGCUGGUUGCCAUGGCGAUGGUGGCGCAAUGUCAGAGUGCCACAAGCGGUGCUGCUCCUGACAUGUCUCAGUGUGCCGGCUACAAUGUGUCCGUGUUCGAGGUCUCAUUGACGUAUACGGGAGCUGUUGAGCAGUGUAGGCAGCACGGGAUGAGGCUUAUUCGCAUCAAGCCUUUCAACAUCAUGAACGGCACCAAUUGCUUCCGGAAAAUCAAAAAUCGGCUGGUCACCGCCGGCAAACCUAGUGUUUGGUUUCGCAAUCCCGGAAAGGAAUACGCCAUUCUCAAUCUGGUAACAGAAAGCCGCCAGGUUAUUGCGAUGUCCUCCAACGAAACGACGGAUGGUUUUAUUUGCGUAGUGGAGGUAGAUGAAUGCCAGGACCUAGAUAUCUGCCCAGGAGGCCAGUACUGUGAGAACACGGUGGGGGGCGGCUACAGGUGCAAUCGCGGCUCUCCCAACUUUCCAGCCGGGUACGACAGCAGCGGAGUGGUAAUCAACUACUCGACAGGCUCGUUCCGCUGUGGCAAGGGAUUCUACACUGCCUGCAGCAAACCGCCCUGUGCAGGCGGUGCUGCGGACACUCCCGCUAGAGCUCGCAGGGACGGCAGUACCCUCACCUGGAGCAAUCUUCCCACGUGUGGCCUUUCUUCGAUCCGAUGCGGAACUUCAACGUACCCGACUGGUAGCGUUGCUUCAGCCGCCAUUGCAAGGCAGAGGUGUCGUGGUGCUAAUUCCACCUUGAUGAGUGCACUGUAUCUGCGUGCUCUGUCAGCACAAGACCGUGGCUGUGUCCUGAAUCGGGCCAGUCCCGUCUGGCUGUCGGACUCGAGCGGAGUGGACAGGGUUUUCGAUCCCAGUGCUAAUGUGCAGGACUUCAUAAGUCCCAAAGGGGGAGACCAUGGCUUUGUUUGCCUGCCAACUGAUUACAAACAGCUCGUGGCUACAUUGGCGCCGAGUGUGUCCACGGCCGGUGCAAACCUUGCGUGCCGUGUCGGAUCUGAGGUGCUAGCGUGCAAUGCGUCUGUCAUUGUUGGCCGGCGACAGUUUGAGCUGUGUCUGCCAAGUUGCGGCAGCCAACCGACCUACCAUAUUAACCCUUCGACAGUGACGUGUGGUGGCCUCUUUAUGAGCAUCAACGUACGGCCAAUCACGCAUAAGUCCGCGGUCCAGGAAUGCACACGCCACAAUGCCAGUAUUUUACGCCUGGUCGACUAUCAGCUCUUGAACGGGACCCGUUGCAUGGUGAACGCCCUGACAAGCCUGCGUCCAGCAGGUGUAUCUCGACUGUGGAUAAAGAGCAAUGCUCUCAAUGUAGUGACCGGUGAUGUUCAGAAAGGCUUCAGCAAAACCUUGAGCCGAGCGAACGGGUUCAUAUGUUCAACAGCUGCUCCGGCUGGUCCUCCCGGCUUUCCGAGCGGAUACGACAGCAGCAGCAUCGUCAUCGACUCCACGACAGGCAAUGUCCGAUGUGCGGAUGGGCACUACUCCCACUGCAGAAGUCCCCCGUGUGCUGGAGGUGCUGGAAACAUUCCUGCGAAGUCCCGCGCCGAGGGCGGAAAACUAAUCUGGUACAACCUGCCAACGUGUCGUCCUUACACAGUCCAGUGCGGAGCUUCAGCCUACCUUACUGGCAGACUCGUUUCCGAAACCGCUGCAGCAAAGCGGUGUCGCGAUGCCGGCACAGCCAUGCUGAGUGCUCUCUAUCUGGGUACUCUGUCCCCGCAAGACCGGGGCUGUGUCCUGGAUCGGCCCAGUCCCGUAUGGAUCAUGAACGCGCGGGGCAGGAACAGCGUGUUUGACCCCAGUGACGGCGCGCAAGACUUCAUGGACGCGAAAGGAGGAGACUACGACUUUGUCUGCCUGCCCGUCGACUACAAACAGAUCAUGGGAUCAUCUCUACCAGGCGUCAAAAUGGCCGGGUCAACCCCGCAGUGUCCUGCCAGAUCGCAGAUGACCAUGUGCAAUGCGUCCGUCGCCAUGCACGGCAAGCAGUUUCAAAUGUGCCUGCCAACCUGCGGCCAACGCCAGCCCAUGAAGUAUAACUCUUCGAUAUUGAUCUGCAACGGGCUGAAUAUGAGCAUCAACCUGCUUCCAACCACAUAUCAGGCGGCUCUCCACGAGUGCAAGCGCCUGGGCGCUGACAUGUUAUCGGAGAGGGAUCAUCGCAUGCUGAGCGGGACCCGUUGCCUGAAGGACGCACUUGCCAGUCUUAACUCAUCGGGCAUGGCUAGACUGUGGAUGAAGCAGCGCGUCCUACACACUGCCACGGGUGAAGCUGGAAACGUGAUCAGCAGAGCCAUGUCUAGAGCGGACGGGUUCAUAUGCUCAAAAGGUGUUGCGGUGGACUUCCCCGUCGGAUACGACCGCAGCAGCAUAGUCAUCAACUCCACGACAAAGCACGUGCGAUGUGCCGAUGGGUAUCACGCCCAUUGCACUGAACGGCGCUGUGCUGGAGUUGACACGCCCGCUAGGUAUCAGAUGGUCGGCGAAAAACUCGUCUGGCGCAACCUUCCCACGUGUCGUCUUUCGACACUGCAGUGUGAAAACUCAACUUAUCUCACUGGCAGUGUGGCUUCAUUUACCACUGCAAGGCAGAGGUGUCGCGAUGACGGCACCGUCCUGAUGAGUGUCCUCUAUCUCGGCGUCCUGUCUCCGCAAGAACGCGGCUGUGUAUUGGACCAGCCUCAGCCCGUCUGGCUCUCCGACUCGAAAGGAAAUGACGAGGUGUACAAUCCCAGCGCUGGCGUUCGCAACUUCAUACACGCCGAGGCAAAAAAGUAUGGCUUUGUCUGCCUGCCCGCUGAUUACAAGCUGACCAUGGAUAGCGCCGAAGCAGAUUUCAAAAUAGAUGGUGAGACUCACAAGUGCCGUGGCAAAAAAUCUGAGAUCUCCAUGUGCGAUGCGUCCGUAGUCAUUCGUGAUCAGCAAUUCGAUCUGUGUUUGCCAACCUGCGGGGAAAAGCAACCCAUGGAGUAUAAUGCUACGACAGUGUUGUGCAAUGGGUUUAACGUAGUUUUCCACACACAGCAAGUGUCCUAUUGGCCUGCGUCUCGCGAAUGCCGGCAACAGAACUUCCGCAUUCUACAGCAUGGCGAAUAUCGCAAGUUGAAAGGAACGGAGUGUUUUAAGACCGCAAUUUCAAGUGUUCGUUCGUCGGGAGUUGUAACAUUGUUGACGAGGAGAGCCGUUUUAGAUAUUGUCAAGGAUACCGCUCAAAAAGACUUCAGCAAAGGAAUGUUUCGAGCGGAUGGGUUCAUCUGCGCAAGAGAGCUGCCAACCAUAACACCACCAACAAGCUUCCCAGAUCAAGGUCACCUGGAAUUCGGAGCUGCCGCAAAUUCCGGCGGCUUAAGUUCCGUUUCUAGUGGUCUAAUUGGCGCCGCUAUUGGUUGCGGUCUCCUCAUCCUGUUAGUAGGUGGUUUUACGUACUACAAGAGCGCAAAGAAGAGGAGGGGAUCAGCAGCAUUUCCACAACCCAUGAAGAUCACUACAAAGGAUUUCUUCAUGAAACGGGGACCUGCACCCAUGUCGCCCAUGUCCAAUACUAGCACAGUCAACUUCGCUCACAGCGACUGCGACAAUUCGCGAAUAACGAGAGAAUACCCAGAGCGAAGUUCCGUCCAACUGUAAUACAUACAAUGAGACUUCGGGUAUAACGACACUUCUGUUUGUCGUAACAGUUCAAAUUUAUUAUGUCUAUUUUUUUGAGAUAUCGUGACUUAUCA